CUCACACCACCUGUUAGUGCAGACCUGUAAGACUUGGAAUCCACUUGUUUAUGAGGGACUCUUUCAUACUCACGCAAUCGGAGCUCUAUGACGGUGCGUAAAGGAAAGAAACUCACCAUCUCCAUCCAGGAACACAUGGCCAUUGACGUCUGCCCGGGCCCGAUCCGACCAAUCAGACAGAUCUCUGCCUACUUUCCUCGACUGUCCCCGACUGGAGAGCCGAUCUCCCCACACCCUACUGCCUCUCCGGUGAACCUCAGUCCUGGGCUUGGGGCUUCUGGAGCUGGGAGCAGCAGCACACUCCUCUCCCCUCUGCAGGCCGGGGCCAGGGGUGGUGGUGGAACACUGUCAUUGUCCAGUAGUGUGGACACAUCAGUGGACAUCAACACCUCUGACAGUGAUGACUGCACGGCUCUUGGGACAUUAGAGUUUGAACUGUGGUAUGAGAGAGCAACCAGCUCCCUUCACUGCACCAUCCUCAGAGCCAAGGGUUUGAAGCCUAUGGAUUUCAAUGGUUUAGCAGAUCCAUAUGUUAAAAUUCAUCUCCUGCCUGGAGCGAGUAAGGCGAAUAAGUUGAAAACCAAAACUGUACGGAAUUCUCUAAAUCCUGUCUGGAAUGAGACUCUAACUUACAUUGGAAUCACUGAAGAAGACAUGCACAGAAAGACCCUGAGGUUAUCAGUAUGUGAUGAAGACAAGCUGACUCAUAACGAAUUUAUUGGUGAGUCGCGGGUGGCUCUGAGGCGUGUGAAACCAGACCAGACAAAACGCUUCUACACCUGCUUAGAGCAUCCACCCCCUCUUCCCUCUCCAACAGCAAUGGGAGCAGCAUUGCGAGGGAUCUCCUGUUAUCUCAGAGAGUGGGAGCACGAGCAGCUGCACAGUCUGGAGGAAAGAGGCCGUCUGCUACUGUCGCUCCAGUUCCUGCCUCCGUCUGUAGAGGGAGAUGGAGAGGCCCGAAAGGGAGGUCUGUAUGUCGGUGUACAACGCUGUGCUCACCUCGCCGCCAUGGAUGUCAAUGGCUUCUCCGAUCCCUACGUCAAAACAUACCUGAAGCCUGAUGUUCAAAAGAAAUCAAAACAUAAAACAGCGGUGAUUAAAAAGACCCUUAACCCAGAAUUUAACGAGGAGUUCUUUUAUGAGAUCUCUCUCACAGAACUGGUCAGUAAGACGUUGGAAGUCACUGUAUGGGACUAUGACCUGGGUCGGUCCAAUGAUUUUAUAGGUGGAGUGUGUCUGAGCUGUCACUCGCAGGGAGAUGCUCUACGCCAUUGGAUGGACUGUCUGAGGAAUAAAGGACAGAGGGUGGAGCGAUGGCACGUCCUGACCAAUGAACUUCCUCAGAGCUCUUGCCAUGAGUGAGGAUCUCACAGGAAACGUCAGUGAUAACCUAAUGCUGCAUGGAGUUCUAGAUGAACACAGAGUGCAUUCGAACACUUCAGACUUUGUGCACUAUAUGCUGUAUGUGUUCAUCAUAUACAUAGUCAAUGCAUGAUUGAUAUUAUGACCGGCACAAAUACUGUAUUACUUGAACACACCUUGCUCGUUAUCAGGAGAGUUUGAGGGAUGGACUGUCAAGUCAGUUGCCUUUUGAUUCCAUGUUACUUGCUGGACCUUACCUAUCAGUCUCUCCUUAUCCUUGCUGCAUGUUUUAUACACAUUUUUAUAGCAACAAAAAAGCAAAUAUCUAACCCUCUCUGAAUCCCAUGUAGCAUAUCCUUCUAAUUGGUUAUAGAAAAAAAUUUAUUUUACAGUCAACACUUUGAUAACAUGUGCCCAGGACAGACAUGCACUACAUUAACAGCAUGUAGGGAUACAAACAAGGUGCCUGUAGUAAAAUUAAUAUCUUCUCAAUUUACACUGAGAAGGAUAACAUUUCUCACUAAUAUUUUUGGACAAUGAAUGUAUCAAAUUGACAUCAGGACUGUUACUCACAGACCAAAAAAAAAAACUGGAGUGGUAUCUAGUCCUAAAUUAGCCUUCCUUCUUUCAGAUCCCUUGUAAAUAUUGGCACCCUCAUAUAAACACAACCAACCAUCUGUUUUGUAGCAUGAGGAAAUGUUUACAGCAUUAUAAAGCAUGCCCCAAUGAUGUUUUUCCAGGGCUGUAAUUCUUGUAAUUUUGAAGUCCCAUUUGCUAAUGUAAUUUAUAUGGAUUUUUUUCCAGACAUGCUCUGAUAUUCACAUCGAAUCAUUUCUAAAGAUUUGGAUUGAUUUGUUUAUGUGUGGUGUGCA